AUGGAAAGAGUCAACAGCACACUGGUGACUGAGUUCAUCCUGACUGGAAUUCCUUACCCAAUCAGGCUAAGGACGUUUCUGUUCGUAUUCUUUUUGCUCAUCUAUAUCCUAACUCAGCUGGGGAACCUGCUUAUUCUAAUCACUGUCUGGACAGACUCACAGCUCCACGCCCGCCCCAUGUACAUCUUCCUUGGUGUUCUCUCCGUCAUUGACAUGGGCAUCUCCUCCAUCAUUGUCCCUCGCCUCAUGAUGAACUUUACUGUAGACAUCAAGCCCAUCCCAUUUGGUGGUUGUGUGGCCCAACUCUACUUCUAUCACUUCUUGGGCAGUACCCAGUGCUUUCUCUACACACUGAUGGCCUAUGAUAGGUUCUUGGCAAUAUGCCGGCCCCUCCAUUACCCUGUGCUCAUGACUGCUAAACUUAGUGCCUCGCUUGUGGCUGGAGCUUGGGUAGCAGGGUCCUUCCAUGGGGCUCUCCAAGCCAUCCUAACUUUUCGCCUGCCAUACUGUGGGCCCAACCAAGUGGAUUACUUCUUCUGUGACAUCCCUCCAGUAUUGAGACUGGCCUGUGCAGAUAUAACCGUCAAUGAGCUGGUGACCUUUGUGGAUAUUGGAGUGGUGGUUGCCAGUUGCUUCUCGCUGAUCCUCCUGUCCUACGUACAGAUUAUCCGGGCUAUCCUGAGAAUCCGUACAGCAGAGGGGCGGCGCCGGGCCUUUUCAACCUGUGGAGCCCAUGUAACUGUUGUCACUGUGUACUACGUACCUUGUGCCUUCAUCUACCUGAGGCCUGAGACUAACAGCCCCCUGGAUGGGGCAGCUGCCCUAUUCCCCACAGCCAUUACUCCUUUUAUCAACCCCCUUAUCUACACACUGAGGAACCAAGAGGUGAAGCUGGCCCUAAAAAGAAUUAUCAGAGGCCCAGGGGCUACGAGUAAGGUUUGA